AUGGUUUCGCGAAGUCUAUCAUUGGUGUUACGUGUUUUAUUUUGUGCACUUUGGGCCACACAGUUUCUGGAAGCUUUUCCAAACUUUUGUAUCUUUAUGCCGAAUCUGCCUCUCCACGGAAAAUUUAAAAUCACCGGAUCAUUUAUCAUGCGGAUAAAGUGUGUGAAUCGAAGCACGGAUAUCCCUUUAAAUGCUCUGGGCGAUGGUGGAGUGCUUUUUUGUGAUCCGAAUAAGCAAAAAUUAACAAAAUUGCCUAACGUGUAUAAUCCUGUUUGCUUGGAAUACAAAAAGCCGUCCCUGGUCCAAGUCGGCGUUCGCCUUUCUUAUACUUCAGAUCAUUGUCCGGCAGCAAACCCGACUAUCAGUACAUUAACCCAGCGUCAAAAAACAAACCUAAGAACUCUGCGAAGGUCAUGUGGGCCUGAUCUCGUUUGCUUAUACACCACCCCUGAAGUUAAAUGUGGAAACAAUUAUAAUUUUAGACAAGCAGGAGGGUCUAAGCAGCUGGAUGCAACUUUUGAUAUAAUAGCAAACUAUUUCAUAGCCAGGAGUACUGACUUUUAUCAAUAUGUUCUCGAUAACAUUCGAAAAAAUAGUUUUGCUAUAAACCAGGGAAUUAACCGUACUGGAAUUAUGUGGAACCUUCAAGGUUUUAAGUUGGUGAAUGCAGAUUUUACUCCCUGGACAGCAUCAUGUCACACUUAUAAUUUGACAUCAGGGACGAACCUUGCUGUCCACGGAUUCGCGUCAUGUAGGGGCUGCCCUGAAGACACCGUAUAUGUCUCCGGGGGAACGUGUCUGUCGUGUCCUUAUGACUUCUACACUGGCAAACCUUUCGCUAAAAACUGUGAGCCGUGUCCAGGAGAAAAUACAUGGGGUGCCGAGAGGAAAACCUGGAUCAAGCGUUGUUAUGUACGUGCUUAG